AGCGUUGAACGUUUCACAAGCGCAUCGCCGCGUCUGCGCGCUGCACUCGAUUCGGCGCAGCACUCAAAGAAGCGAACGACGAUAAACGCCAAUAGAAUAGACGGGCGUCGGGGUUGCGUCAUGAUGCGUCUCGACGUCGCGUAACGCUGCCGAAUUGGACGGGAGAAGCGUGUGACGGGGGAAGAAUGGUGGGCCAGCUGAUCUCCCCUUAUCACCGCUCGCGCGUAUCAAAGUUCGCGCGGCGCAGCGAUACGGCAGAGGCGGUAGGGGCGAGGUGGGGCAAGCGGGGGUGGGACAAGGGUCGGACUCCGGCGGCGGGCCAUGCGGAUCCGUGCUCGGACCUCGUCGUUGUCGUUGGACGUUGCGGGACACGAUUGCGGCCAGAAGAGAGGAGCAUCGUCGCGCACUAUCCUGGCGCUGCCAUGGUGACGAUCAGCACGUGUCGCGCCGCCGCCGCCGCGGCCUUCAGGGCCGUGAUACUGGGCGCACCGGCUUCCGGCAAGGGCACCGUGUCCUCCAGGAUCGUCCGGCAGUUCGACGUCGCGCACAUCUCCAGCGGCGACAAGCUGCGCCGGCACGUGACCGCCGGCACGGACCUGGGCAAGGAAGUGAAGAAGUACCUGGACAACGGUAGCUUCGUACCAGACGAUACGAUGAUAUCGCUGAUCAGCAACGAGAUCGAGUCGGUGGCUGCUCGGAAUUGGCUUCUGGACGGAUUCCCGCGGACGGUGGCGCAGGCGGAGCGGCUGCAGGAGCUGCACUCGAUCAAUCUCGUACUCAACCUCGUAGUGCCCACCUCCGUCAUCCUGGAGCGCGUCAGGAACAGAUGGAUCCACCCGCCCAGCGGGAGGGUCUACAACCUUGGCUUCAAUGAUCCAAGAGUGCCGGGCAAGGACGACGUGACGGGCGAGCCGCUGAGCCAACGAGAAGACGACAAGCUGCAAGUCGUGCAGAAGAGGCUGCGGGACUACGCGACGAAGACCGAGCCGGUCGUGCAGUUUUACCGCGAGAUUGGAGUACUGAAGGACUUCCGCGGCAACACUACCGACGAGAUGUGGCCGGCGAUCAGGAGUUGCGUGGCACAAUACAUUUGAGCUCUAGAUCGAAUUUUUAGAUUUCUUUUUUAAAUUAGCUAAAUAAUAGAUCGAUAUCUGUUCAUAAGUGUAUCGGGGGACCGUCACAUAGAUCUCUCUAACUCUCUCUAUCGAAGUCUACCUACAGAUCUGUUUAGAUGUCUCGAAUUUUUAGACUUGCCAGAGAUCUCUCUUGCCGAUUUUUAGAUAUAAAAUAUCCUAACAAAUUUAUAUCUAAUUUUUAUAUUUAAAGAUACAUGUCCUCCUGUGGUCUUAUAUUUAAAAAAAUUUAGAGUGGAUCUAUUUGGACGGUAGAUCUCUCGGAUAGAUCUGUAGACUACUUAUCUAAUUCUUAGACUUCCUAAGAAUCAGUUUAAAUUAUGGAAUAGCAAACCAAAUCAGAUAAGGUCUUGCACCUUUUAUAAGAAUAUUUUGCCUUUUUCUAAGAAUUAGAUAGGUGGCCAGGCCUAUUUAGAUCUAUCCGAGACUUGCGACUUACGCCACCGCGUACGAUCUCGUGAUAAGCUCGGGAAUAUACGUAACGAUGAACAGAAUGCACGUUGUAGCUUUACGCGUAAUUCUUCCGGCGACGCUUUCUUCCACGCUGGCGAACGUACACGUAUAAAUCGCGAUAAGCUGCAAAUAUGCGCAAUUCCGCAUCGACAAUAAUAAGUUCGUAAAAUGUAAAUUCAACGAACAAUGCCGAGAGAUAGUCUUUAUAUACGAGACUUGUAACAUUUUAACCAAAACCACUAAAAUCUUUCAGUCAAUUUUUCCUUAGCGAACGCAUCGACAAUGCCGAAAUUUCAAAUAUUCGAAAGAAGAUUUGCGAUCUAACGUGUCAUUUUUGGGGAAGCUAGUAAAUUCCGUUGAAAACUGUCAUUUGCAAUAAAAUCAAAAUUUGGAAUUUUGCAGAAUUAAAUUGAAGUAUUCAGUUUGUUGAAAAAAAUACAAGCACUCGCUUAUUGAUUAUCUCUUUCCUUCUUUUCUGCCAGCAGCAAAUCGUUUGCACAUCGAGCUUGAUGAAGGUUCGAGGUAUAGUACAAAGUAGCAAUUAAUUAACUGUGAGGAUCGAUUAUCCCCGAGGACGACGUUAUUGCCGCAUACGUCUUUAUUUCGAGCGUAUAGCGUAUUAUCAUGUAAGAGAGGUAUAACAAUGUUUGUCAAUAUUGUGUACAUCUUUAACAAUAUGAGUAUAAUAUACGCAUACACAGUA